UAAACAUCUAUAUUUUAUAAAAGAUAAUAUAUGCAAAAAGUCGAGAAAUAAGCGCAAGAAUGUCCACAAUGCUCAGUGAGUUUGGCCAGGCCAAGAUGGACAUGUUGAAUAUCUACGAGGAUAUGGCUAGACACUUGCAGCUGGUGGUAGACGAGCUGCAGCUUAUGCCCAGCCUGAAGGAUCUGAUGAAUGAACGCAUGCGGAGCGAGCUGCUGGCCUGCAUUCAACGAAUCAAAGCGAUUUGCCCCAUGUUGCAGCGGAAGCGCAUGAAGGUUGCCUUCUUUGGGCGCACCUCGAAUGGCAAGAGCGCCGUCAUCAACGCCAUGUUGCAUGAGCGCAUCCUGCCCAGCGCCAUGGGGCAUACGACGAGCUGCUUCUGUCAGGUGGAGGCCUGCGCCAGGCAGGAAUCGGCCCAUGUCACGAUCGAGGAUGGCGAUGACCAGAAGCUGAGCAUCGACUGCCUGCGUGAGCUGGCCAGCGCGCACUCGGGUCGAGCGCUGAGUCCGCACAGCCUUCUCCAUGUGCGCUGGCCCAGCAGCAGCUGCCAGCUGCUGGGGCACGAUGUGGUUCUGCUGGACACGCCCGGCGUGGAUGUGACGGCGCAGCUGGACGAGUGCAUAGAUCGGCAUUGCCUGAAUGCGGACGUGUUCGUGCUGGUGCUGAAUGCCGAGUCGACGAUAUCGCGCGUGGAGCGCCAGUUCUUCGAGCUGGUCGCUCAGCAGCUGUCCAGGCCCAAUUUGUUCAUACUCAACAAUCGCUGGGAUGCAGCCGCCUCGCUGGAGCCGCAGCUGGAGCAACUGGUGCGGGCGCAGCACACCCAGCGCUGUUUGCAGCUGCUGGUCGAGGAGCUGGGCAUCUAUGCCAACGUGGAGCUAGCCAGGCGGCGCAUCUUCCAUGUCUCGGCACUGGAGACGCUACGCCUGCGGCAGCACGCCAAGACAAAGGAGGAGGAUCGCUUUCGAGCACCUGGUGCACAGCUGCGCUACGAGGAGUUUCUCAGCUUCGAGCGCAAAUUCGCUGAAUGCAUUACACAGAGCGCACUGCGAACCAAAUUCGAGCAGCAUUGCGUCGGAGCAGCCGAGAUGCUGCUGCAGCUGCACGAACUGCUGCAACAACUGGCCAUGCAACUAGCCCAACUGGGCGAAGAGAAGACGUCAGCCAAGGCUGCGCUGACGGCUGGCUACGAGGGCUGGGAGCAGCAAAGCGUGCAGCGGCAGGAGGAGCUGUCCCAGCAAGUGGAGCAGCUGAGCGAGGAGAGCUGCCGGCUUGCCGCACAGCUGUUGCACGAGCAGAUCUUGCGUCUGCCCGCGGCCGUGCAACAAUUCCAUGUGCCCUUUCAGCCGCACUUGCAACGCGAGCUGCGCCACUAUCAGCGACUGCUGGGCGUUCAUCUCGAGCAGUUGUUGCUGCAGCAAGUGGAGCUGCAGCUCGGCCAGCUGCUGCAGCUGCAGAUGCGCCAAUUGGGCUCAGCCCCGGCUGACUGCGUGCUGCCCGUGCAGCUGUACUGCGCCCUGGACUGUCAACAGCUGAUGUCCGGAUUUCAGGCGGAUCUGGAGUUUCGCUUCUCGUGGGGCAUGGUGGCCAUAUUGAAGCGCAUACAGGCCAAGAUGCCGUUGCCGCUGCCACAGCUGCCGCAGCUGCCCAAGCAGCUGAAUGGCCAGCGUGAGGAGCUGAUGAAGCUGCCCUCGCAUGUGGGCGUCUGGCUGCCGGAUACGGAGAACUCAACGGGCACCAUUUUGUUGUUGUGUGGCGUCCUGACGCGCACCUUGGGCUGGCGUUUGACGCUGGCUCUGGGCGUAGUCACGGGCGCCUUCUAUGCCUACGAACGGUUCAGCUGGACGCCGCAAGCUCAGGAGCGCAGUUUCAAAUCGCAAUACACGCAGCACUUGCAGCGUCGACUGCGCGACGGCCUGCAACAAACGGCGGCCGGUUUUGGCCAACAGGUGCGACAGCAAUUGACGCGCUCUAUGCAGCAAUUGCAACGCGAAACGGAGCACAAACGCAACGAGCUGAGUGAGGAUCUGGCGAUGCUUGGCGAUGAGUUGGCUCAACUGCAGCAGCAUCAGUCGAAGCUUCAGGCAUUGCAGGCGACGGGCGAGGAGCUGCGGCAGCGUCUAAAAGCUUUUCAGCAGCGCUAUUUGCCGGAGAAGGAUGUUUAA